AUGGUAAUACAUGGUGGAAUAGACGGCUAUACACGAAUACCAGUCUAUUUAAAGUGCAAUACAAAUAAUCGUGCUGAAACAGUCUUGGAUUGUUUUAUUGGUGCUGUGAACGAGUACGGUUUACCAUCAAGAGUUCGGUCGGACAAGGGAGGCGAGAAUACCGCAGUCUCUGUAUACAUGCUACAACAUCCUCUGCGAGGUCCGGAUAGGGGAAGUAUGAUAACUGGUAGAAGCGUUCACAAUCAGAGGAUUGAACGAUUGUGGCGUGAUCUAUUUGAAGGAGUUAUUUAUGUAUACUACCACUUAUUUUACCACCUGGAAGAUAAUGGAAGGCUAGAAUCAUCAAACCCACAUCACAUCUUUGCACUACACUACGUAUAUGUUCCACGGAUCAACCGGCACUUGGAGAGUUGGAGGCAAGGUUAUUUACAACAUAGAAUUAGGACUGCUGGAAACAGAAGCCCUAUGCAACUUUAUAUUCUUGGCCUGCUCCAGUAUAGGGGUUCCCAACAUGUUGCCAUUGACAAUUUGUACCAGCCAACUACAAUGGUAAGGUUUGAUGUAAACAACAUACAUUUAAGUACGUGUGAAUGCCUUUCGCUUGUUGUUUCACACUACCUCAAGAAAUGGAAAACAAAGCCAAACUUCCAUCACUUGUAAAAUUGUAUUAAAAUUAAUAUGUUACUUUUCCUUACAUAGGAGGAGUUUGAACAAUAUGGAAUUGACUGGGACGGUCCUCUUUCAGCAGAAAUUGAUGUCGAUACAGUAGAAGUGCCUGAAACACAUUGCCCAUUAUCCGAAGAACAUUAUGAAGAACUUAUUGCCUCAAUAGAUCCAAUACGAGAAAGUAACUCCUAUGCCAUUGAUAUUUAUUUAGAGACAAUCGAAUUUGUCAAUACCCACUUGCAACAAUAA